AUGAGUCUAAUCAUAACCAUCCUAGCAAUCACCUCCGUACUAUCAAUCAUUUUAAUCAUUGUCUCCUUCUGACUACCGCAAAUAAACCCUGACGCAGAGAAACUUUCACCUUAUGAGUGCGGAUUUGAUCCCCUAGGGUCCGCCCGCCUGCCCUUCUCCCUGCGAUUCUUCCUAGUAGCCAUUCUAUUCUUACUAUUUGACCUAGAGAUCGCACUGCUACUCCCCCUCCCCUGGGGAAAUCAACUGCUCAACCCACUAGUAACCGUCUCAUGGGCCACCGCCAUCCUUGUUCUCCUAACACUAGGUUUAGUCUAUGAGUGAAUGCAGGGGGGCCUUGAAUGAGCCGAAU